AUUUAUUGAAACCAUGAAAGAAGAGAUUGCUGCCACAGUAGUUUUCAUCACCCAUCUGGUGAAGAAAAAUGAGAAAUUCAGCAAGCAGAAGAUGGAGAAAUUUGGGAGCAAGCUAACAAAAAUACUAUUUCAAAAAUACAAGAACCACUGGUACUGUGGAAACCCUUCUAGAGGACAAGCCUACAGGUGUAUCAGAAUAAACAAGAAUCAACCACGGGAUCCUGUCCUCUUUCAGGCUUGUGUAGAAAGCAAUAUUGAAUAUUCAUCUUUGGACCUGCCGAAGGAACUCACUAUCUGGGUGGAUCCAUAUGAAGUGUGGUGUAGGUGUGGCGAAAAGAGCCAGCCAUUCAUUAUAACGAGGUUGGAGGAACAGAAAUCUAAUCGGGAAGUCUUCAAGCACAUCAGCAAUGCAGCAGAACGAGCAAGUUCGGAUUACUUCUCUGGUACAUCUUCCGAUGAGGAAAGCUAUAACAAGGAACUGAGUGCAAUUUAUGCUAGAAGCAAAGCCCAUAGGGAAGAGGAGAACUUCUCUGCAGCUUCAGAAACUAAGACCAUACCAAUCGUGAGCAACCCAAACAGUAUUUACAUGGGCCACAGCUUUGGUGGAGGAGAAAUCCCUGGAGAAGAACCUCAAACCAUCCCCACUGUGAUUAACCCAAAGAGCAUCUAUCAGUAUGAUUACUACAUGUACCAUGCAGCUGUCUGGCCCAGGUUUACACACAAGCAAACCAUCACAGAAGACACUAAAGGUUGCUACCCUCUCCAAAAAAUCUACAAAAUGUACAGAGUUUCCAACCAUAUGUUCACAUAUCCUCAAAAUGAUCGGUAUCACUGGGUAAAUACCAAGCACUGAUCUGAAUUGUCCUCUCCUUUAUCUUGUUCUAUUUUCCUUCUUUUACUUUAUCGUAUUGUGAAGUCGAUUUUCUGGCAAUCCAGAAGAUUUGCUGACAAGUCUGCGCGUUCUGAUGUACUAUAGGGGAUGAAUUUGGUGUUCUAGCAUUGAGCUCAUCUACACUUAUUUACACAAUCUCUUAAACUUCCUCGAGGACAAAUUUUAUUAUAUGUCAAGAUUUCAAUUCUUAUUACAGAUGUUUAUAUUAUAAUAGGUCAGUGUUUAACUUGGCAUUUGACGUUUUUUAAGUCUCCAAUGAAAAUGUUUGAAAAUGUAUAUUAAAUAAAAAGCCACUUUUUAAAUUUGAUUGCCAACUUGUCCUGUGUUCUUGGCUGAUACCAAAUGAAGGUUCUUGAAACUAAAGUUUGUGCGUGCUGUGAAUGGCAAUGGUUCAGUUGUCCUUGCACCAUGCAGUAGAGAGAAUUUGCUCUUAGUCUGGAAUGACCCAAAAGCUUCAUUUCUGCAGUGACUUCACAUAGUACAACUGUGUAGUCUUUUAUGGGGAAAUUUGGAAAUUGCCUUUGUUAUAUCCCUGUACAGCAGCAAAUCCUUGGUGUAAUAGACCAUAGCAGGGAGAAUGGUGUCCAUUAUUGCAGAUUGUCUGCUAUAAAAAUGGUACUGCGUGUCAUUUCAUGUGCAGAGGGCCAAAAAUAAAGUUUAAACAGAGCAAGAACCAUAUUGACAGAGGUGCAUUUUUUCAGCUGAAACGUUAAAGC